AAAUAAUUGGUCCACUGUGUACCACUAAGUCAUCGUCCAGCUUGAGAUCUCUCAUCUCUCUUCAGAAUAAAAAUGAAUUUUAAUCCUAAUAAAAUAAUAGCAUUAAACAGUGCAUCUUUCGUCAUUUACCUCUUGUUCUCAAGCUGCUAUGGCGGUGGUUCUCACUCUAACUGUAAAAUCCAAAACAAAUUGGCGGGAAAAGAAGCCAUUGUAGAAGCUCAGAGUCAGAGCAAGCUCCGAUCAGAGUUCCUUCAAGUCCUGCGUAGUAGGCGACCCACUCAAGUUCCACUAACUGUCAAACCUGCGAAGCCAGUGAAGAAUCCUUUGUAUCAAAUGCCUCCUCCAACGAGGGAAGAGAUCGAGAUAUUGGAUUCGACUCCAAAGGCAGAUAUAGGGAACCUUGAAGAGUUGCUCGAGGAGGAGAACUUGUACUUGAACAUAGAGAAAGGAGAGCAAGGACGGUUGCCGGUGAUGAUACUGAAGUUGAAGAGAAGUAAUAAGCAGAGAAAAAAGCCCGUGGUUGUUUUUCUUCACAGUUCAUACACUAACAAAGAAUCCAUGCGUCCAUUCCUUAAGGCGUAUGCUUCUCGAGGAUAUAUAGCAAUUUCGGUUGAUUCUCGUUACCACGGAGAACGUGCCACCAACACAACCACCUAUAUUGAUGCACUUAUAUCUGCAUGGAAAACCGGUGAGACGAUGCCAUUCAUAUAUGACACGGUGUGGGACUUGAUUAAAUUGGCAGAUUAUCUAACACAGAGAAGAGAUAUAGACCUUUCUAGGAUAGGAAUCACUGGAAUAUCACUUGGAGGAAUGCAUGCAUGGUUUGCUGCAGUUGCUGAUACUCGCUAUGCUGUGGUUGUUCCUCUUAUUGGCGUUCAGGGUUUUCGAUGGGCCAUAGACAACGAUAAAUGGCAGGGUCGAGUCGAUAGUAUAAAGCCUCUUUUUGAGGUGGCACGUGCUGAUUUAGGUAAAGGUGCUAUUGACAAAGAAGUGGUGGAGAAGGUGUGGAGCCGAAUUGCUCCUGGUUUAGCUUCCCAAUUUGAUUCACCCUAUUCAGUUCCAACUAUCGCACCACGUGCUUUGCUUAUUGUUAAUGGUGCGGAAGAUCCUCGGUGUCCUCUUGGAGGCUUGGAAAUUCCAAGAGCAAAGGCAACCGAGGCAUACAGAAAGUUUCAUUGUUUAGAUAAUUUCAAGUUUAUUGCAGAACCUGGAAUUGGACACCAAGUAACGAGAUUUAUGAUGAAAGAAUUAGCUGAUUGGUUUGACAGGUUCUUAAACCCUUAGCUCUUUCCCUCAUCUGGGUUUUUCAAGCUCUGAGGUUAUAAAAUUAUAAACCAACUUGCUCAGAGCUCAGGCUCAUUGCCUCUUUCCAAUCGCCUUUGUAUGAUUGUAUGUCCGUCGUGAUAAUAUGCAAUACAAAAUGCUUUACCCGUUGAAACCCACUAGCUACUAUGGCUGAUUUAGUGGAGGGAUUGGAUAAUGGAUAUAUAGUUAAGACUUAAAAGGCUGUGUUUAAGUUAUAUACUGCCAAAUAAAAUGAUAUAUUUGCCUAUUUGGUGAUUAAAAAUUUAUUA